GAAUCUUUACAUUCCGUGACCGUAUAUUCUACAUACCAGUUAUGAAGAAUUUGAACAAGCAAUGUCAAUACAAGUUGACAUCACAGACCAGUAAAUAAGUUGACAUUUUUCACAACAUUUAUAGAAUUUUGUGUAAACUAUAUUUUCCCAUAAAUAUAUAAUAUGAUAUAAAAUUCAAAAAACAGUUACAGCAGUUAUUAUAAAUAUAUAUCAUAAGUACAAUGGGUGAAAUUCAAGAAUUCGAAACUUUGCCUCAGCAUCAACAUGUAUAUUAUAAAAUAACAAGCGGAUCAAUAGCAUUCUCUGUUAAAGGUGAUGGGCAUGCAGUUGUGGGUCUGGCUAAGAAGCCAGGUGAUAAAUGUGAAUAUUGGAUUGUAAUUGGAGAUAACCAGUGUUGGUUGGAAAGAGAUGGAGCACAUAAGAGUUAUCUCUGUAACAUAAGUAAUAUUUUCUCAUAUGAUGUCUAUGGGAGCUUCUGGAUUUCUUGGCAUAGUGCUUUUUUAAAAUUUGGCAAAACCAGUGAUGGAGUCCCCGUAAUAUCAAAAAAAAUAUCUGCUAAAAAUAUACAAUAUGUAACUUUUUUUACCUAUGCUACGAGAGGGAGGCUACUUUGGAAACUAUAUGUGCCUCCGAAAUUACCAAAACUAGUUUUAAAGGAGGUUAAAAAAGGUGGCAUGGAGUGGAUAAAAAGAAGUAAUCCACUUCCUGACGGAGCUUUUAUUGGUGGUUAUGAAAGAGAGCUAUUGUACAUUAUGAGGGCUUUCAAUCAUGAAAAUAGGGCAUUGACCCCUGGAAAAUUUUUACCAUCUGAUUCAUUAGGAUACAUUCAAUGGCUCGAACAAGAAAAAAGAGCAGAUUUUGAGGUCCUAUGUGGCUACAAUUGCAUUUGGGUACCAGCUUGCGACAGGCAGAUACCUGUAGGUGCCAUUGAGGGAGGCCAUCUACAAAAUAAGGACUAUAAAUACUACGUUGGUCGAGCAUUUGAAGAUGGUUAUCUCAUACCAGGAAAAGUUAUGGCAACCCACUAUCAUCCAGUUUGUUACAUUACUUACAAUGGAAGAAAAAUAGCUAAAAAGAAUUAUGAAAUUUUAGUUGAUCCUGAAAUUUCUUUACGUACAAAUCGAUAUCUUAUAACUCAUAUGGAAAAUUUAGCAGAAAAUAGGCCUAAAGCAGAUUCAGAUGAUGCAUACCUUCUUGCCCUUCGGGAUAAUGAUGAUGAUGAGGAUACCUCAGAAUCAGAACAAGAAUCAGAAUAAAGAAAUCAUAAUAUCUACGUUUGCUUGCUUAUCCUACACAUUCAUAAAAAUAAGAUUACCUAAGAGAAACUUCUAUAAAAUCGUUGUGAUAUGAAACUCAAUGAAAAGACGAAAAUGCGUCACGACGAAAGAAUGAAACACAUAAAUGGAUAGGAGCGAAUGAGAAAAAAUACAUUGCAUCUCGAUUUUUAAUAAUAAUUUAUUAAAUAAUGUUUAAGAUUUUUAAAAAAUAAUAAAGCUUACUUAUAUCCUAUUAUUUCUAAUUCUCUUA